AUGGGAAAGAAGCGAAAGCGCCCUCAAAAGACAGCUGCAUCGCAAGCUACCCACCCCCAAAAAAUCCCCAGGAUAAACAAUGAUAAAGCCGCCGCUGCACAUGAGCACCCGGUGCUGUCGAGAUACUAUCCCAGGGUUGUCACUCUGAGACAGUAUUUACUGGAGGAGCUACCGUCAUCUUCAAAAGCACGUCGACGCCAGGUUCUUACCUUGGGGAAGCCGAAACAUGCUAGAAGUACAGAUAUCAGUGUCUCUACAUCAGAAAAGCCAACUCAGCGCAAUGAAGGAACUGAUAUGAACCUUGCUCACUUCCUUGAUUCAACGCUGGUUGGGAUAAGGAAAGAUGUCAGCCCCGCUGUUCUCAACGCUCGUCAUAAGGAACUUGUCGCUUUCAUGCAGUCAGAAGAACGCAGUACUUUGUUCACGGAUACGGAACAACGGAGUGCCCAGUCCGAGGUGGUCGAUUAUGCCAUAGAAAAAUUACUCAACCAAGAUCCAAAACCUCCACAUAUCCUGACCAACGGGUUCUAUCGUACGACACGGAGAGAAAUCAUGGAUCAUGGUAUUGGCGCGAUGACAUUCAACAUCCCCGGCGUUACGUUACGCUUCCCGAAUCCCAAGGUAACCGCUCUGAAAUCGAGCCCGUGGACCGACAUCUUGACUCUUCUCGGUAGCAAUGGAGAAGAUAUUAUGUCCAAAUUGCUACUGGACUGUGGCAUUUUCUCUUGCGUAAAUGAAGGGAAAGCGGCUUUUCAUCAGAUUAGUGGUACCUACCUUUCUGAGCUGGAACCUAUUGAUGUUGAGAUUUCCACUUGUCAAGAUGGAAAGUCGCAGACUAGGGCUACUGCCUCCAAGAAAUCUCCAUCUACGAUGAAAUUGUCAAAGGGCGCAGCACCUGUCCUUCAUAAAUCGAACAGCAUCGUUUUUGUUAGGCGUCGGAUGCUAUAUGCGCGUCCAGCCAUUAAUUCAAAGGGCGAUGUUCGUUUCGGAUUGAGACAUAUUCACGUCCUUAAUCGUUUUCCAAACUCGAAUGAUAUCGAACAAACUGUUCACGUAAUGAAGUACAUUUUUCCUCGACAAUUUGGACUACAUAACGCGUUCACGUCCGCGGUCGACUCGCGAGAGACUGUACAGCCGUUCAAAGACUAUACACUGAGAGAGGAAGAGAUUGCUCGUUUGCAAGGGCCAGAAGGACAUCGGCGUACGCAAAUAAAAUCCAAACUUCCAAAACGGCUUCGUGGAAGUCCGCUACAGUUAGUGCAGAAGCUUCAGAAACGUAGCCAAACGUGCUCUUAUACCGCAUUACUGAGGCAUUAUUGUCCGCUUAGUGAAACGGGACUUUCCAAGCUCGCUGUGUUGCCAUGCUCCUCAGACGACAAGGGCUCUCAGCAGCUAAUCACCCAGACUUCUCGACCCAGUCAGUCGAAAGCAGAUCAUACGCAGCCUGAAGACUAUGAUAAUCUCGUUUUUCCUGAUUCCACAGCCCCAUCAAUCGAAAUAUCACCCAUAACUUCGACGCGGAAAAUAUGUUUAUUGGACCAUGCAAGUCCAACUUCAUCCGUCUCUGCAUUCUGCCGAGCAACGCUACGGAAGCUGAUUCCACAUGAGUUUUUCGGUCAAGGUGAAGAUGGCGCGUCAAACCUACGAACGAUGAUGAAACAGAUUGAUCGAUUCAUACGGCUAAGCCGUUUCGAAAGCCUCACCCUCCAUGAAGUUUGCAAGGGAUUCAAGAUCACCUGUCUUCGCUGGCUUGAACCGCCAUCUUGUCCAUCCUCACGUGGGCUGAAUAUCUCUCUGUCUGAUCUACGCAAAAGAACCGAAAUUCUUCACGAAUUUGUCUACUAUAUUUUCGACUCCUUGCUAAUACCCCUAAUUCGCACCAAUUUCUACGUCACAGAAUCUCAGGUUCAUAAAAACAGGUUGUUUUAUUUUCGGCACGAUGUAUGGCGGAGCCUGAUUGAAAAGCCGCUAAUUGAUAUGAAGUCUUCAAUGUUUGAGGAAAUCAAACGCGAUAAAGUCAGCCGUGUGCUAGGGUCAAAGAAGCUGUCAUGGAGCGCAGUGAGAUUAUUGCCAAAAGCUACUGGAGUUCGUCCAAUUAUCAACCUUCGACGACGAGUUGCGAAAUAUUAUGGCAGCCAUUCAUUUCUGGGGCCCAGCACCAAUUCAACCAUGACGCCGGUCUUUAAUAUUCUCUCCUACGAAAAGGAUCGCAACCCAGACCUGCUUGGUUCGUCAAUGUUUUCAGUCGGCGAUAUGUACGCCCGCCUAAAAUCCUUCAAAGACCGAUUGAGGCGGCCUGAAAAGGCAAAUCUUCGACAUGAACAACUCUAUUUUGUUAAGCUGGAUAUUCAAUCAUGCUUCGACACCAUUCCUCAGCGCAGCCUUGUAUCACUCAUUGAGAGUCUUGUUACGGAGGAUGUGUAUCAUAUCACUAAACAUGUGGAAAUUAGACCAGGCGAUGGUUCCAAGCACAGAAACGGGUUUAUGCAACGACAAAGAACACAAAAGCCGGCAGCGAGACCAAUUCGAAAAUUUCUCAGCAAAGCGAGGGGGUUGAAAGAGAUACUGAACCCCACCGUCAAUCCUCCUAACGAAGCUAGAAACUUGAAAAGGAACACUAUCCAAGUGGAUACGGCAGCAGCCAAAAACCACCAAAUAAAUACACUGCUUGAUUUAUUGAGUGAACAUAUUCGAAAGAACCUUGUGAAGAUCGGAAAAAAAUACUAUCGCCAAAAGAAUGGAAUUCCUCAGGGUUCAGUGCUGUCCAGUUUGUUGUGUAACUUCUUUUACGGAAAGUUAGAGCAAGAAGUGUUAGGGUUUCUGAAAAAUGACGAUACACUUCUAUUGCGACUCAUUGACGAUUUUCUUCUAAUAACAGCCCAGCCAGAACUUGCCAAAAGGUUCCUGCAGGUCAUGAUGGAUGGUCAACCAGCUUAUGGCAUCACAGUUAACGCUGGGAAGAGCCUUGUGAAUUUCGAAGCAACAAUCAACGGUACAAAGUUGCCUCGAUUAGAGGGAUCCACGUCCUUUCCGUAUUGCGGGAAUCUGAUUGAUACACAUUCGUUGGCAAUACGCAAAGAUCGAGACUACGGCCGCGGUAGGCAGACGAAUGUCGCAGACACGUUGACAGUUGAAUCGAGCAGAAUUCCUGGACAAGCAUUCUACCGCAAAGUUCUCACCUCGUUCAGGCUCCAAACGCAUUCUAUGUUUCUGGACACAGAACACAAUAACUUACGAACAGCGUUAUUGGGUAUAUAUUCGAACUUUGUAGAAACUGCAAUAAAGAUGUAUCGCUACAUCAAGUCAUUAUUGCCACGUUUGCGUCCUUCCCAGGAGCUCGUGCUUGAAACCAUUCGUGAUGUAAUCCAUUUUGCGGUUAAAUUGAUUCAAUCGAAACGACAGCAAGCGUCAAUUUCAUCAACAGCCCCUACAACUGACACCGCCAAAGGCAUGGUUGAAACCGGGCCCAAGUUCAGAUGUGCUGUCUCGCAGGCUCAAGUAGAAUACCUGGGUUCAGCAGCUUUUCGACAUAUUCUGGGUAGGAAACAGACCAAUUUCGUGUCCACACUUCGAGGAUUGCAGAACAUUCAGAACCGCUGUAAACCCCGAAGCGAUAAGGAGGUCAUUCGCAUGCGAUGGAUUAUCCAGGAGGGGAAUAAGAUGUUUGAUAAUUGGAGAUACUAA